UCAGCGCGAGAUCGGCUACGCUAAACACUGGAUGAAUGGCAAUUGAGUGAUAUCGUUGUCAACUGGAAUCCUGUACAUAAAUUCUAUGAAGAUGAUCUGAUGUUAUCAUUUCGUUACUAAAACUGUGGAGCGUAUAUAAGCCGUUUUGAGUGCUGGAAUUAAUCAAGUUUAUGGCAAAAUCAAAUUCUGCUCUAAAAUGCUUGGAAUUUUAAGGACAUUUAUCAUUAUACAGCUUGAAUUCCCGUUCGUUGUUGACUAUACAGGAUUUACUUCUAGGAAUUUAAAAAAAGAUGAUUCCAACAUGACGCGAUAUCCUGAUGAUAAAGAAGUUAAAUUCUAAUAUAUAUGACAAUAUAAUAUUACGAUCAGCAGGGCUUAUAAAGACGUUACUGUGAAUUACUUCAGACAGGUAUAAGAAUAUAACAAACCUUCAAAUGUCAGAGAAAGAGGAAAGGAAAGUUGACAUGGACGUCGUCGUCGCAAAAGUUCUUUCACUCGUUAUUGUAACUAGCGUUACGGUACUUAUUGGUAUGUUACCAUGCAGACUUGUAAAACACUUUAGUAGAACCAUGUUCCGAGCUAAACGCAUGUUUGAUAAUAUGGUUUCUGGUGCUAAAUGCUUUUCUGGAGGAGUUUUCCUAGGAACAUGUUUUCUUCAUCUGAUACCUCAAACGAGGAAGAAAGUUGACACGGUGUUGGACCAGUUAGGAUCAAGGUCACAAUAUCCCGUAGCGGAAUUGUUGACUAUGGCUGGAUUUUUCACGGUCGUGUUCUGUGAACAUGUUAUUCGGUAUUUUUAUUAUCGUUUACAAGAGGAUACUUGCUUCCCUUCUUUUGAUCAUGACAGCUACAGCUUUGAUGAAGAUUAUCUCCCAACCACAGAAGAUCCUGAUUUAAAUGGUUGUGAAUUGCUUGAAUGUAAAAGUUUAAGGUCGUCAUUUUCACAGCAAAGUAACAAUGAAGAGAACAUACAGAUAAACGAACAAACACAUACAAUUGAGGAAAAUAUUAAUCAUAUAAAUCCAAACAAUCCCAAUAACAUCACCGUAAAUAAUUCUAAUACACAACGUGACAGUAGAUUUGAUAUGGAGAUAGAACCUGCUCCAUUACAAGACCUGGAAGUUAAAACAGUUGUGACAGAAAUAAGUAAAGGGGAGGAAGGGAAAGGACAAGUUCGUUCGGUGCUUUUGUUAACUGCGCUUUCAUUCCAUGGAGUAUUUGAAGGAAUGGCGCUUGGUUUACAAGCUCAGGAGAGCGAUGUGUGGGUAAUGUGUGUAGCUAUCAGUAUACACCGAGGAAUACUUUCGUUUGGUCUUAGUUUACAGUAUGCCAGGAAUUACGAAAAGCCAUCGACCAUUGUAUUUACAAUUAGCGCCUUUUCUAUCAUUUGUGCCGUCGGGGUGAUAAUUGGAAUAGCCAUAUCUACUGGUGCGCAGUUAUAUACAGAUGUUGACGUGCCAAAUGCAAUUUUACAAAGCCUUGCAACCGGAACUAUUUUUUACAUUAUUUUUCUUAACAUAUUGUAUAAAGAGUUAGAUGGAAACAAGGAUGUUAAGAAAAUUUCUUGUACUUUUGUAGGCUUUUCAUUUAUGGCUGUUGUACUUGCUAUUGCAAAGCAGUGAAAUUAACUCGUUAACUAUCCUUGACAAUGGAGACACAUUCAAUGUUCUAUGCCUUCUUUUUAUUAUAAUGAUUUUAAUUUCGAUGUAAAAAGUGCUACUAUUAUCUUGUCUGUAUUGACUUCUGAUUUUGUACGAUAUUUAUGUUGCUUACCAUUGUAGAAUGUGAAAGUAAAGGGAUAU